GUGUGGCACAAGGAUUGGACUGACUAAUUGUGGUGUAAAACUUAGAUACCUGCAUUUAACAAAUGCUAUCAUUGGUCAAUACUUAAUCCAGUGCUCUGCCUGAUGACUCUGAGCAUGGGAAAAAUACAGAAGUAGCUGUUCAGCUUUGCGUGGUCGCUGACUGCUGUUGGUUUUGACAGUCCCCUUGUGUGAUAACUGCAGUCUGAGGAGGACAAAUUGUGGAUUGUACCAGCACAGAAGCAAACACACACUCUGAAUAGUGAGCAUCUGAAGAGGGGAGGCUCAAAAGAACAAUGGCAAAGUACCACUGGCAGAGUCAAAAUGUGAAGCAAAGCGGAGUGGAUGACAUGGUCCUGCUGUCCAAGAUCAAUGAGGAUGCUAUCGUGGAAAACCUGAAGAAGAGAUACAUGGAUGAUUACAUCUUUACUUACAUCGGCCCUGUGUUGAUAUCUGUGAACCCAUUUAAACAGAUGCCUUAUUUCACAGACAGAGAGAUUGAACUCUACCAAGGAGCCGCCCAGUAUGAGAAUCCACCACACAUCUACGCUUUAACUGAUAACAUGUAUAGAAACAUGAUGAUCGAAGGAGAGAAUCAGUGUGUCAUUAUUAGCGGCGAGAGUGGUGCUGGAAAGACAGUGGCUGCCAAAUACAUCAUGGGUUACAUCUCCAAGGUGUCUGGAGGCGGCCCAAAAGUGCAGCAUGUAAAAGACAUCAUCCUGCAGUCCAAUCCUCUGUUGGAAGCAUUUGGUAAUGCAAAGACCGUCCGCAACAACAACUCCAGUCGUUUUGGGAAGUACUUUGAAAUUCAGUUCAGCAGAGGAGGAGAACCAGACGGAGGCAAAAUUUCAAACUUCUUGCUGGAGAAGUCGAGGGUGGUGAGCCAGAAUGAGAAUGAGAGGAACUUCCACAUUUACUAUCAGUUGAUAGAGGGUGCCAAUGCUCAGCAGAGAGAGGGCCUGGGCAUCAUGACCCCAGAGUACUACUACUACCUUAACCAGUCUGGAACAUACAAGGUGGAUGGGACCAAUGACAACAAAGAAUUCCAGGAGACUAUGGAAGCCAUGCAGGUGAUUGGGAUCCCAAGUGACAUCCAGACUCAGGUCCUGCAGAUCAUUGCAGGUAUCCUUCACCUGGGAAACAUCAGUUUCAUAGAGGCAGGCAACUAUGGGCAGGUGGAGAGCACAGACUUGCUUGCCUUUCCUGCCUAUCUGCUGGGUAUCGACCCAAACCGCCUGCAGGACAAGCUGACCAGUCGAAAGAUGGAUUCAAAGUGGGGAGGGAAGUCUGAGUCCAUUAACGUGACUCUUAAUCAGGAGCAGGCCACCUACACCCGCGAUGCCCUGGCCAAAGCUCUUUAUGCACGCCUCUUUGACUUCCUGGUGGAGGCCAUCAACAAAGCCAUUCAAAAGCCAUAUGAGGAAUUCAGCAUCGGGGUGCUCGACAUUUAUGGCUUUGAAAUAUUCCAGAAAAAUGGGUUUGAGCAGUUUUGUAUCAAUUUUGUCAAUGAGAAACUGCAGCAGAUCUUUAUUGAACUCACUUUGAAGGCUGAGCAGGAAGAGUAUGUUCAGGAAGGCAUCAAGUGGACGCCCAUCGAGUACUUCAACAACAAGAUUGUGUGUGACCUUAUUGAAAAUAAAUUGAACCCUCCUGGUAUUAUGAGCGUGCUGGAUGAUGUGUGUGCCACCAUGCAUGCCAAAGGAGAGGGUGCAGAUGGCACUCUGCUGCAGAAACUGCAGGCUGCCGUGGGAACACAUGAGCAUUUCAACAGCUGGAACUCUGGCUUUGUCGUGCAUCACUAUGCCGGGAAGGUGUCAUAUGAUAUUAACGGCUUCUGUGAGAGAAAUCGGGACGUCCUCUUUCCUGAUCUCAUUGAGCUCAUGCAAAGCAGCGAAUAUAACUUCAUUCGUAGUUUGUUCCCUGAAAACCUCAACACAGAGAAGAAAGGCCGGCCAACCACAGCCAGCUCGAAGAUCAAGAGACAAGCCAAUGAUCUGGUGAACACUCUGAUGAAGUGCACUCCUCAUUACAUCCGCUGUAUCAAACCCAAUGAGACAAAAAGGCCAAAAGACUGGGAGGAGAGCAGGGCCAAGCAUCAAGUCGAAUACCUCGGUCUGCGAGAAAACAUUCGUGUGCGAAGAGCUGGCUUUGCAUACCGCAGGGUCUUCAAUAAGUUUCUGUUGAGGUAUGCCAUUUUAACAGCUGAAACAUGGCCAUGCUGGAGGGGACCAGAGCAGCAGGGGGUCCUUCAUCUCCUCCGGUCUGUCAACAUGGAUAAUGACCAAUACCAGAUGGGACGCUCCAAAAUCUUCGUUAAGAACCCAGAAUCGCUGUUUCUGCUGGAGGAGAUGAGGGAGAGGAAGUUUGACACUUUUGCCAGGAUCAUACAGAAGUCCUGGAGACGAUACAUUGCCAGGAAGAAGUACGAACAGAUGAGAGAAGAGGCCUCAGACAUCCUGUAUAACUCCAAAGAACGAAGGAAGAACAGCAUCAACAGGAACUUUGUUGGAGACUACCUCGGGCUGGAGCAGAGACCUGAGCUGCGACAGUUCCUGACAAAGAGGGAGCGUGUUGACUUUGCUGACUCAGUCAACAAGUUUGACCGCAGGUUCAAGUCUAUCAAAAGAGACUUGAUCUUGACCCCUAAGGGCAUCUAUCUGAUUGGUCGUGAGAAGGUGAAGAAAGGACCAGAGAAAGGGCAGAUCAAAGAGGUGCUAAAACGGAAGCUGGAGUUUGGAAGCAUUAUCGGCGUCUCUCUCAGUACAAGACAGGACGAUUUCUUUAUCCUGCAGGAGGGUCAGUAUGACAGUCUCUUGGAGUCCAACUUUAAGACAGAGUUUCUCAGUUUGCUCACCAAACGCUAUGAGGAAGUGACCAAGAGAAAACUGACAAUCUCCUUUUCUGACAGACUGGAGUUUAAAGUGAAGAAGGAAGGCUGGGGCGGAGGCACCUCUAGAGUGGUGGUGUUUCAGAGGGGUGAAGGGGACCUGGCCCAGCUCAAACCUGGCGGGAAGACCCUCACUAUCACAAUAGGAGAUGGUCUACCCAAGUCCUCCAAGCCAACCAGGAAGUCUGACCUACACUCUUAUGGUGGAGGGAGAAAUCACGUAGCCACCAGAGCGCACCAGAAUGGAGCAGCCAAGUUUUCCAGGGCCCAUCCCAGUCAACAGUCAGAUAGCACAUAUUCCACACCUCAGAAACAUGGCAGGCCACCAAGCAUGGCCCCACCCAAACUGGGCUCUGUGAGAACUCACCGAGCCCCAGCCCAAAACCAGCACCACCUGGCAAACAUGGACUUCCUUAAUGUGCCUGAUCAAGGCAUGUCAGGGAAGCAGAGGAAAAGGAGCAUCAGCCAUCGACCUCCUCCUGCUCCUAAACCUCAGUUGCGACCUCAGGGCCCCCGCUGCCGGGCGUUAUAUCAGUACAUCGGCCAGGACACAGAUGAGAUCAGCUUCGAUGUCAAUGAUGUGUUUGAUCUUGUCAAAGAGGAUCCAUCAGGGUGGUGGACGGGUAGGGUUAGAGGAAAGGAAGGUCUCUUCCCUGGUAACUACGUGGAAAAGAUUUGAUCGGGGCUUCACGUGGACUUGUCUUUGUUUUGAUGAGAAAUGCAUCUAUAUUGAUGAAUGCAGCCCAUUCUGAUUGUUAAAAAAAACUGCCUAGUGGAAACAAGACUGUUUAGGGGAGGAUGUUUGAGCCCCAGCGAACUUGCCUGGCAGGGAUCUGUACAAACACAGGGUGAGAGAUGUCGUGUUUGAACAUCAUGGUCAUGACUGUUAAAACACAACGCAAGGUGCUCAGGGGUCAUCUCUGUUGUGGUGUCAAAUGACUCAGCUGUGAAUGGCCUAGCAACAAGAUCUAUGGCUUCAUCUGAGCUUCUACGACAUCGUCCUUAUGUUGCUCCCUCAGUGAGACACUUGAGACUGCUGUUAAACAUAAAUGUAAACGUGUAAAUACUGCAUUGAUUCUUGUUGUCUUCAGUUUUUCUUUUUGCCUUCAGCUUUUCUCAAGAUCAGCUCACGUUACUGCUCAGUGUUCUUAAUUUAAAUCAACAACUUCUGAAUAAAAAUUUGAAGAAAUGUUAUCUAUACAACAAGGGAACUGGAUUCAUAACAUGUUCAACUUGCUUUCAGGAUUUUUUGUGCAUUUGAAGUAAUGCAAAUUAUACUUGCAUAUACAUUUUCACGCCAAUGAAAAACAAAAUAAAUAUUUUACAUAUUUGUAUAUUUUUUCCGUUUUUUUUUUUUGUUUUUUAUUUUAUUUUUUGUCAUAUUAAAAGUUAUGAGGAUGUGAGAAAUUGUGUUUAGUUAUUUUUAUAAUUGUGGUCCAUUUUUCUAAAGUAAUGGAAGUUUCUCACAGUCAGUCGGUAUAUGAUGUGGAAUAUUAUUAUGAUGAGAGAAAUAAAGAGAUAUUC